GUGUUCUUGGUGCCAAGAGCUGACCGCCCAGAAAAAGGACUACAUAUACAUAGAGCCAACAGCAUCCCAAUUUAGGGGGCCGCUUUCCCCAGAAAUGGCGGCCCUAGCGCAAGGAACCGCCAGUGCCUUGACCGUCUCUAUACUUAAAGCAAACUCCGUAAAUCGUCAUUGAUCGUGCUUUGUUCGGAUCCAGAGGCUGCCGUAUUCUCCGAUCUCGAUCCGGAUCCAUCAGUAUAUCGUCGAGAUUGUGCUUCGCAAGUGGAGGAGACGAUAAGCUUAGACCAGGAUGGAACCAAUCAAUCGGUUGCCGUUUGCAAGAUGCCAAAAGCAGAAUGGAGCAUUGCUCACUUGCAUUGGAGCUGACAGCCUCGAAAUGCUGACAUCAGCGACAUGCUUAUCGGGCGCAAUCUUUGAACUAACAAGAAUUAAAUUCACUGCCUUGAUUCAACUACAGAGUUACCACUCGUUGUCGGAAGGCCCCAACUGAGCGUUAUAUUGAGGUCGGAUGAUGGCUGAGUUUGCAGGCUUAGUCCAUUUUCGAGCACCCUCUUCUCGUAUUCCUGAUGUUAUGAAGCGAAGGAGAUCCUGAAUGGCUUUGUCCACGGAUCAUUCCUCUUCUUGCCUGCCAGCCUGCUUUCACAAGCAAGUGCGUGCGGAUAGCGUGCGGCAAGGCGGGCACUAACCCCUGACCUACUGGCUCGCCCGUUUCUGCGCCGUCUCAAUUUCAUUGGAAAGCUGAUGUGAUUUACGUUGUGCUCAGACGUGUUCUAUAGUUUAAUUUUAGGGAGCGAGUAUUUUCAAGGGCGAGAACCAAUUCAGCGCCAAAGACACGAAUCUCGGCUGAGAUGGUCAUAUAUCGCCAAGCAUCUUUACAUUCCGUUGUAAUCUUAGUGUUGUAUGUGCCGAGGUCACGAAUAUGACAGUUUAGCACAACACAUAAAGCUUUGCAAUCUAAGAAUCCAGCA